AUGCAAGCAAGGGAUUUACUUAAACAGUUUGAUGACGAAUUUGAUUUACACUCUGUUUCCAAUCUCAGUACUAGUCAAAAUAUAGAACAAAACCCUCAAACAGAUGAAAAAUCAGAAAUUAAUUCACAAAUACCAGAAACAAAUCAACAAAAUGCAUCAUUUAGCGGUUUAAACGAUUCUUCUCAUUUUGAUAUGUCGUCUUUUAAUCAAGAUCAUCAAAAUUCCAUCAAUUUACCAACAGGUUCGCCAGGUUUUCCAACUAAACCAAUACCAACGCUUGAUGACAUACCAAAUAGCUCAAAAUAUCUCGACAGCAAAGUAAAUUCUCCAAUAAAUCCUUCUAAUACUAAAGAUAAUUCUGAAUCUCAAAUUAGUCCUGCAAACUCUGAUCCUCAACUGAAACCAAUUAAUAAAUCUGUACCAAAACAGUUUAGUGUUCCAUCUUUUUCAUUUUCUUCAAUGACUCAGUCACAAAUUUCAAAUUCUCAAUCAACUCGAUCAAAUCUUCCAACAGACACAAAAAACAUACUAAAAACAAUAGAAGAACUUAAAAAGGAACGUGUUAAAGAUACAGAAAAGAUAAAAAAACUUUUAGUUGAAAAUGCAAGAUUACAAGCGAGAUUAACAAUAUUAGAGCAUACAGAUGUUAAAGUUGCUGAACUUGGAUCAAAAGUAGAACAGUUACUGCAAGAUUACAUUGAUAAUGAAGAAAUUAGAGCUCAACAAGCUUCCCUUAUUACACAAUUAAGACAGGAAGUGAUCAUUCUCAAAUCCAGAAUAUCUGCUGGUAUUCCACAAGUACAGCCCCAGCAAUCCAAACCUCGAGUUAAGUUUGAUUAA